AUGAAGGAUCUUGGUACUCUCAAUUAUUUCUUAGGUCUUGAAAUCUCUCAUGACUCAUUUGAUUAUUUUCUUUCUCACACCAAAUAUGCUUCUGAUCUUCUCACUCGAGCUGCACUUACUGAUUGCAAAACUACUUCUACUUCAAUUGAUCCUCAAACUCGUCUUACUCCUCUUGAUGGCACUCUUCUUUCUAAUGCUACUCUCUAUCGGCAAUUGGUAGGCAAUCUUAUCUACUUUACAGUUACUCGUCCUGAUCUUUCAUAUGCUGUCCACAUUGUCAGUCAGUAUAUGUUGGCUUCUCGCACACCUCAUUAUGAUGCCCUGCUUCGCAUUCUUCGCUAUCUCAAGAGCACUCUAUUUUAUGGCCUUCACUAUUCCUCUCUAUCUUUUCUCAAGCAUCAUGCUUAUUCUGAUACUGAUUGGGCUGGGGAUCCCACUGAUCGUCGCUCCACUACUGGCUUUUGCUUCUUCCUAGGGGAUUCACUUAUUUCUUGGCGCAGCAAGAAACAGGCUCUCACUGCUCGCUCUAGUACAAAGGCUGAAUAUCGAGCUCUUGCAGGUACUACCUAG